AUGCGAUGCGAUGGGAAGUCGAGGCACUUGUUGGAGCAUCGGCCACGCCGCUCGCGUCAGUCGUCGUCCAUGUCGAACCACAUGGAAGUGACGCUCCUGGGACCCUGUUCUCGCUGCUCCUCCGUGAUGAUCUUCAGCACGACCACCUCCAUCAUGCACAGGGCGAACAGCAUGACGAAUAUCGCGAAGUUCGAGCCCUGGUGGUGGAACUGGAAGGCGCCGGGCAAAGGGCCCGCCGGCGGCCAGGCGGCCACGUACGUGGCCAGGGUCGACACUCCCGAUAGGGCCAUAGUCACUCCAUCCUCGGCUUCACUGUCCUCCGAUCUGCUCGUUGCGCACUCCGCGUUCGACCGCUUGCAACAGCGGCUUUAUCGUGUCUGCCCGCGCGCUGCGCUCUCCCCAACCGCGGCGGGUAUGGGCGCUGCGAGCGACGCUGGAACGGGCUGGCUUGUGAAACGCGAAUCGCUCUUAGAUCCACCGGUUGGGAAACCGACGGCGCGGGUGAGCGCAACAGUUUCCCGGUCAAGGCUGUGCGCGGGCGUCGAAUGCGACGACCUUUACUGGCUGCUGCAGCGGUCGAUG